UACUCCUAACAAAUAUCACAAUAACAUUGCAAGUAAAAUACCAGAGGAACUCUCCAACAAACCGGAUCCAUGGAAAUGUCUACCAGGAUCUGAUAUCGAUGUGCACUAUAUCAUGGUUCCAACUCAUGUCGAAUCAAUAAUAAUGAAUAAUUCAAGAUUAGGAUAUGCAUUUCGCUGGACAAUAUUUAAUACUCUGUCGAUCGUUAACCUUACAUUAAGUAACAAUCAAUUUUACAGUUUCAUUGGUCCUAUAUGUAAUGCGACAAACCUCAAAUAUCUAGACCUUUCUGGUAACCGAUGUUCCUCCCUUACACCAUAUUUUUUCAAUGCCUUACCAUCUUUGGAAACUCUUUUACUACAAAAUAAUCUCUUAGGUCUAUCAAAAACGCUUCACAACAUAAAUGCGAGCUUUGUUUUUGGCACAUUGACUCAACUUCAAUGUUUAAAUUUGUCAACAAAUAAGAUAUCAUCACUUUCUACCGACAUAUUUUGGAAUUUGAAGAGCAUACGGCAAAUAAGUUUAAAAGACAAUUUACUUACUGACUUUCAUGUAAAAUUAGACAAUAUGCCACAUUUGACUUAUUUAGAUUUGUCGGAAAACCAAAUUUUCCAGUUAUCAAAGAACUCCACACUUUGGAUUAGUCAAUCCAUUCGUAGAAGUAAAAGUUUUCAAAUUGAUUUAUCAAACAACCCGAUAAUGUGUUCGUGUUCAUCUCUCAUUUUUCUGAAGUGGCUACAAAAACACCAACUAGCAUUUAAGAAUUUCAACGGAUAUAAGUGUUCUUAUACCAAAACCUUUAAGACAUUAACAGAUGCCGUUAUCUCCCUGGACAAAUCCUGCCCUACAUAUACUACUUUGACUAUUCUUAUAUUGCUUCUGAUAAUAACAUUCUUGAUCUGUCUCAUUAUGAUUAUUAUAUACAGAAACAGAUGGAAAUUGAAAUACUGGUACUAUAUUGCGAAGCGUAAGUAUUUUCAGCAUGACUAUCUGCUAUUAGAAGAGAGACAAAACUAUAAAUUUGAUGCCUUUCUUUCUUACGCUGACGAGGAACGACUUUUUGUUAUUACGGAUGUAAUGAAAAAGCUAGAAGCAAAUGAGAAUUUUCGUCUGUGCAUUCAUGAACGGGAUUUUAUUCCCGGGUGCGAUAUCGCAGACAAUAUCGUCAAUGCUAUCCAUCACAGUCGUAAAGUGAUUUUCAUAGUGACUCCUUCUUUCCUGAAGUCAAAAUGGUGUAUAUACGAAUUAAAUAUGACUUAUAUGGAAUAUCAAGUUUCCAGGCAAGGUGUUGAUUGUAUGAUUAUGGUGAUAAAGGACAACAUAAGAGAACGAGACAUUCCAAGAAACAUGUAUGAAAUCAUGAAGGAUGAGAGCUACUUAAAAUUCCCUGAGAAUGAAGCAGACGACUUGACAUUUUGGGAACGUUUAAUCGAUUCCUUACGAUAGAUGAGGAUAGAUAGAAAAAAAUAGGGUUUGUUAGUACGUGUAAAAAAUACCAAGAGCAUGUGUGUGUGUUAGAGGAUAACAGAGAGAUUACACUGUUUGAAUUAACUUAAACAAUGUUUUCUGGAUGAUGCAUACAAUAUAAAAAAGAAGAUGUGGUACAAUUGCUAACGAGACAAAUGCCCGAAAAAGAACAA